CGCGUGGUUAUUAGACUGUUAAAGACUUAGAAAUUAUCAAGUGAAAGUUCUUUAAAAAAAAAAAAAGAUAAGAAAGAAAGAAAAAACAGCCUUUAUUACCUUUCACCUUUAGCGUAACGCCUUUUGAUCGAGGUAUUUUAUCUUCGUCGUCCUUUUAAUUGAUAACAAGUAGUAUUGUUUAAUCCAUCAGCACGACUGGCAUAUUUGAAGUUGCAAAAAUUACUGUCGUCUCUCUCCCUGCGCGUCGUCCUUAUUCGGUUGCAGAAACCCUAAUCAGCAUGGGAGAUAACCGUCAUUCUUUUGUCCAUCAUGCUCUUGGUGGUGGCUCAGUGGCCGAUGUGUUGUUGUGGAGGAGAUGGUGUGCUAGUGUUACUCUGCUUGUCAGUUCCACUGCGCUUUGGAUUCUGUUUGAGAGAGCUGGAUAUAAUGUCCUUUCCUUUAUUGCCAAUGUUAUGUUGCUUCUAGUUGUGAUCCUCUUCUUCUGGGCUAAAUCUGCCUCACUUCUUAACAGGCCUUUACCGCCUAUCCCUGAUUUGGAGGUUCACGAGGAAUCUGUGGUAAAGGCUGCUGACACGAUGCGUGUUUGGAUCAAUCAUGUCCUGAUGAUAGCCCAUGAUAUUGCUAUUGGUGGGAAUUUAAAACUUUUUGUUAAGGUUUCAAUUGUCUUGUGGCUGAUAUCUUAUGUUGGUAGUUUCUUCAACCUCCUCACUUUUAUCUACAUGGGAAUUCUUUUUAGCUUGUCUGUGCCUCUGUUGUAUGACAAGUACCAAGAUCAAAUUGAUGACAAGCUUAUUCUAGCACAAAAGGUCAUUCAGACACAGUACAGGAAAAUUGACGAUAAUGUACUGAGAAAGAUUUCAAGGUCUUCAAAUAAGGAAAAGAAGACUCAGUAAACUGUUGAACCUGUAGAACUGCAUCAUUCAAACAUAGUUGGGAUGAGGUUUGAUUGCCUUGCAACGCAGUGGUUUAAGAAGGCUGAACUUACUAGUUUUUUCUUAUUUUUUGUGAAUGGUUCUCGAUGAUCUUGGUUAAUGGAAGUGCUUGUGGCAGAUGAAGUAAUGGUUUACAUGAUUGGAAUUGAAAUAGUGGCAUUGUGAUUUUGAUUGGUCCAUCCACAAGCAUUUCAAUGGAGCUAUAUUGCAUACUCUAGAAGUUCUCUUUGGCUAUCCGUUUAGAAUCUUUAUGAUGCUUGGCGCCUAGUAUUUGUACUCUAAUCUAGUUUACUUUGAGCACCUUAGUAACUGCAGCUGAUUUUUUCCUUUUUUUUUGAGGGGUUGAAGUCUCACCUUGGUAGUUGAUGGCCAGUUUUUUAACACGAAUUUCUUUUAGAUAACUUUGGAAAAAAGUUGGUGGAGAAAUGCUAUGUGAUUGAUUUGAA